GCCAUCCCCUUCUCAUUCCGCUGCUGCCAUGGCCACCAAGCAGAAGGCCCAGCAGGAUGGGAGUGCUGGGGCAAGGGGUAGAAAUGCUGAGGUUGCCCUCCUUGUUGGGACUGCUGAUGUUGCUGACGUCCUCUGCUGCGCCACCAGUGCCUGCUCCUGUGGGCAGCCCCCUGUCUGAUGAUGAGUACCAGCUCUUCUUCUCCAGCCUGCGGCCCACCUGGAAGGCCCACGCAUCCUGCCGCCUACGACAGACCCAUGGCUGCCUCAGCCCCGCAGUCCUGCAGCUGGACCAGCAGGAGAACCAUGGCCAUGUCCCUGAAGGACCUGUCUGCUCUGCCUUCCCUGAGGCACCAUGGUUUCAGACCUUCUGCCAGUUCGCCCAGUACCGCUGCUCCAAGCACAAAUUCUACAUCAAGCGAAUCCCAUGUCCAAGUUUUUCUCCAAAAGGCUUUCUUCAUCCAGAGCAGCAACCUUAUGUUGUGGACUUCCAGGCAAAAGAUGAAAGUUCUCCUACAGAAGCAGUACCAGAGAAGCCAUCUCUUUCUCCUGCUGACCUCCACAUGCACUCCAGCGUGGACAUGCUCCUGAAGUAUUCCUAUGCACUGUCAAGUCAGAAACCACUGGUGCGGAAGAACCCAGCCGCCAUGCCACUGGCGCCCAGGCCCCUACAGUACAGGGGCCUGCCUGUGCCACCACCUGCUCUGCCGGUCCCACCCACCCCUGCCCCCUCGCCAUCCCACACCUGGGCAGAGCGCACUUGGGAGCACCGCCUGCAGCGUGGAGUCUGGCAGCUCAUCAGUGCGGCCCUCUCCCUGGAGACCCUGGAGGGCACGGAGGUCCCUGCCAGCAUGUCAGAACUGGGGAGCGUAACCAGUGGUGCAGAGAAGAUGCAGGAUGUGGCCCCCACUGGCAGUCUUCUUGCCCUGAAGAGGAAAGAAGCGGUGAUGAUCCUGUGCUAUGCAGUGCUGGAGGGAAUCUGUGUCUCCUCAGUUGUCACCCAGGCAUGGAAGGAAUUGGAAGAAAAAAUCCUUGGGUUCGGAGAUUCGGUGUGUGACAGCCUUGGGCGGCGGCAUAUGGACCUAUGCCCUGCCUGCGCUUUCUGCUCACUGAAAAUGGAGCAGUGCCAGAACAUCUACAACCUGAGGCGUGUUCACUGCAAGACAGGCAGCUUCAUUGCAUACAUCAGCCCCCACAUCUCAACCCAACAUCGGGCUGCAGGCAACAAGACCAGCUUCCCAGAGCCCUCGGAGUACUUUGGCACACAGGUUUCCAGAGGCCUGCGGCCAGAGUACUGGUGCAGCCUGAUAGCCACCCAGGGCUGCGAUGACCCUCGUGUGAUGCUCUGGCUGCAGGCAGAGUACGCAACCUUCCGAGCAGGGGACACCCCGAGGCAGAUCUGCGACUCGGACGGAGUUCAGCACCCCAGUUACUGCGCCUUCAAAAGCCACCAGUGCUUACAGCACAGCCUCUACAACCAGAGGGUGAUUCGCCACGGCUGCUUCAGAAACCAAACCUACCAUGUUCUGAGUGAGAAGGAGGGAAAGGAAGAAGUAAGACGCUGGCGCCAGAGGUUCCUCAACCUCGCUGAAGGGUGAGGUGCAAUGGUGGGCAAUAUACAAGGGGUGCAGGGCUCAAGAGCAGGCUGCAUGGAACUGUGACAGUGCGGAGAACCCAAACAGCUCUUCUCAGGCUCCAUGCCAGCCAGGCAGCUCUCCAUGGCCAGAUCUCAUCACUUGAGCACAUACUCUGCAUCCUUGACAGCAGCACAUCAGGAGGGGAGCUGCAUCCAACAGCAUUUCACCCUGCUACCCACUGAAACUCCUCAUGAAAAGGUUUUCUCCAGAUGAAGGAGGCUGGGGAAGGUGUUGGCCCCAGGAUAUGGAUUUAGAGCCACCUGCAUGAAGUCCCCAGCAAACUUUAGCCUUCCUGAUCCUGCAGGCUCACAUCGAUCAGUAGCGUUCCCAAGGUUGAAUCGUAUUUUAUAAAGAGCCCACAAACCUAUUUUGCUCCUUUCUCUCUGCUUCUGCCACUUCAUCACAUCCACAGCGACCCCUCAAGUCAGAGGUGGUUCUCUACCUCCCCCUGCAUGGCUCCCUGAUGGCUCUCACUCACUGCAGCACACGUGGCUGGCCUGGGUGAUGACAUUCUGAGGAUGAGGCCUCCAGCAUGGCCUCACACCUUGCCAGCCCCAGCAGGAGCAAACCCAGGUGCCCUGUAGAUCCUAAACACAGUUUGUGAGGAAGGAGUUCAUGUAGACACUUUGCUUUCUUUUGCAGCUGCUUUAUUUCUAAGGUU